CUGCCCCACAAACCCCUCCUUCCAUGAUCCGUCUCGUCGAAUCCGGCUCACCCUGAGAAUUAUGUCCUCUCUGUCCCAGCAAAUCCAGUGGUGGCAUUCAUUGGGCAGUACAGAAAAUGGCUCUGACGCAGGUACCCCAUCGACGCCUUCAAGGAGAGCAGCAAUUUCAUCUAAGCCCUUCCGCUUCAUGGACCUCCCCAAGGAGUUACGGUGGAUGGUGUACGAGAGAUUACCCAUCACUACAUGGAAAUUUACCACCGCCUCACAGACGUUUCCUUCCGCGCCACCCACUAAAAGCCAAAUAAUACUGAUUCCUCAUGGGAUUCCCAUUCAGAUCUUGGCAACUUCAUCGACGGUCAAGGCAGAAGCAGAUGUAUUUGUCAAGCGAAGAGCGUUGUUGCUGAAAGAUCAAAUACCGCGAGUUAUCAUCCAAGGCCGCGAUAUGGGUCUUCUGGCUCACCCAUGGAAGUCAGGCAUCCUGGUAUCAGUAAUCAAGCAUCUUAAGCACCGUAGGUUACAAGAGGCCAGGAAUCAGCUGAAUUUCGAUGACUUCACCUCAUGGUAUCUCAGCAAUGGCUACCCGGACUUGAAAGGCUUUCCCCUCCGAGACGAGCAAGACCGGUUAUUCGACGUCGCCAAGUUCAUCUUCCAGUCUGCAGUUUCACUGAGCUGUAUGUACGAUAACGCCAGAGUCCAGCACUUGCGAGCUCACAUUCCGGGCCAAUUUUUCAUGGCCUUGCCUUUCGCUUUCCUUCGAGUGCCAGAGGAUAGAUCGGUUGACUGGAUGAUGAAGACACCCGGAAACGCAAUGAGACGAGAAUUCCGGAUUGAUGUGGCGGAUCCAUUCCUUCAUGCCCUCGGGAUUGACCGAGCUCGUGCGGGCUUCCCCGUCUAUACCCACUGGUGCAAGGAGGGUUAUCGAUUCCUUCUGCUUGUUCCAGUACCGUUCGCCAACUUCAGUGGCAAGGCGGUGCUGGCUCUGGGAAAGAACCACACCAACGAAUCGUUAUGGGAGAGAGGAUGGUUGGAAGGCACUCGUUGGUAG